CGGGACAGUAGAGAGCAUAGACACCGGUACUAGUCAGCGGUGUGGAUUAUGACUAGAAGUAGCCCUACUUAACACAGCGCAACACAACUACUCCCCCCGACCUUUUCAGCCCCUUUAACCUGAAGCUGAACCUUACUUUUUGUUGUCUAUAUAUUCACCUGUAGAUACGCUUAUAGCCGGAGGAAGACAGCCGUAUCGCUGAAGAUGUCAGUGGUGGGAUUUGACUUGGGCUUUCAAAGCUGCUAUGUAGCUGUAGCCCGAGCCGGAGGGAUCGAGACAGUCGCUAAUGAGUACAGCGACAGAUGUACACCGUCAUUUGUAUCAUUCGGUCCACGAAAUCGGUCAAUAGGAGCCGCUGCAAAGAGCCAGGUGGUGACCAACUGUCGGAACACGGUACAAGGCUUCAAGCGAUUCCAUGGCCGGGCUUUCACAGACCCCUACAUCCAGUCAGCCAAGUCUAACUUGGUGUAUGAACUUGCACAGAUGCCCACUGGGUCCACCGGUAUAAAAGUGAUGUACAUGGAGGAGGAAAAAGUGUUCAGCAUCGAGCAGGUCACCGGUAUGCUGCUGACCAAACUGAAGGAGACUGCUGAAAGUGCGCUGAAGAAGCCGGUUGCGGACUGUGUCAUCUCGGUCCCGAGCUAUUUCACUGAUGCAGAGAGAAGGUCUGUGAUGGACGCAGCUCAGAUCGCCGGCCUCAACUGUCUACGACUAAUGAAUGAGACCACUGCAGUGACUCUGGCAUAUGGCAUCUACAAACAGGACCUGCCGGCUCCAGAGGAGAAGCCCAGGAUAGUGGUGUUUGUGGACGUGGGCCACUCAGGUUACCAGGUGUCGGUUUGUGCCUUCAAUAAAGGAAAGCUCAAGAUCCUGGCUACAGCGUUUGAUUCCGAGCUUGGCGGGAAGGACUUUGACACCAUCCUGGUCAACUAUUUCUGUGAGGAGUUUGGGAAGAAGUACAAGCUGGAUGUCAGGUCCAAGCCCCGGGCGCUGGUGCGACUCUACCAAGAGUGCGAGAAGCUCAAGAAGCUGAUGAGUGCCAACUCCUCCGACCUGCCUCUCAACAUUGAGUGUUUCAUGAAUGACAUUGAUGUCUCCAGUAAACUUAAUAGAGGCCAGUUUGAGGAGAUGUGUGCAGGGCUGCUGGCCAAAGUCGAGGGUCCCCUGCGCAGCGUCAUGGAACAAACCAAGCUGAAAAAGGAGGAUAUCUAUGCAGUGGAGAUUGUGGGUGCGGCCUCCAGAAUCCCCGCCAUUAAAGAACGUAUCAGCAAGUUCUUCGGCAAAGAGCUGAGCACCACCCUGAAUGCAGACGAGGCUGUGGCCAGAGGCUGCGCUCUGCAGUGUGCCAUCUUGUCUCCAGCAUUUAAAGUCAGAGAGUUCUCCAUCACAGAUGUCGUCCCCUACUCCAUCUCCCUAAAGUGGAACUCUGCUGCAGAGGAGGGACUGAGUGAUUGUGAGGUUUUCCCAAAGAACCACGCAGCUCCCUUCUCCAAAGUUUUGACGUUCUUCCGGAAAGAGUCCUUCACCCUAGAUGCUUACUACAACAACCCGAAGGAGCUGCCCUGCCCCAACACCUCUAUAGGCCAGUUCCUGAUCCAGAAUGUGGUUCCUCAGGCGUCUGGGGAGAGUGCAAAGGUCAAAGUGAAAGUCCGGGUCAACGUUCACGGGAUGUUCAGUGUUGCUAGCGCCUCGUUAAUAGAGGUCGUGAAAACAGUGGAGGGAGAGGAGCCAAUGGAGACGGACCAGACAGUGAAGGAGGAGGAGAACAAAAUGCAGGUGGACCAGGAGGAUCAGAAACAUCAGUCUGGAGACAACGGAGACAAGAAAUCAGAGGCCGAGGAGAUGGAGACGAUGGAGGACAACAAGCAGGAGAAGAAGACCGACCAGCCCCCACAGGCCAAGAAGCCCAAAGUUAAAACGAAGACAGUGGAUCUUCCCAUCCAGAACAGCCUGCAGUGGCAGCUGUCCCCUGACGUACUGAACACGUUUGUGGAGAAUGAGGGUAAGAUGAUCAUGCAGGAUAAGCUCGAGAAGGAGAGGAACGACGCGAAAAACAACGUCGAGGAGUAUGUCUAUGAGAUGAGGGACAAACUGCACGGCGUCCUGGAGAAGUUUGUGAAUGAAGCUGACCGCGACACGUUCUCGUUAAAACUGGAGGACACGGAGAACUGGCUGUAUGAAGACGGAGAGGACCAACAGAAACAAGUUUACAUUGACAAACUGGCUGAGCUGAAGCAACUCGGUCAGCCGAUUCUUGAGCGAUACCUGGAAUCUGAGGAGAGGCCAAAAGCUUUCGAGGAGCUUGGCAGACAGAUCCAGAUGUACAUGAAGAUCACUGAAGCUUACAAGGCAAAGGAUGAGCAGUACAGUCACCUGGACGAGCUGGAGGUGACUCGUGUGGACAAGCAGGUGAACGACGCCAUGGUCUGGAUGAACAGCAAGAUGAACCAGCAGAACAGUCAGGACCUCACUCUGGAGCCAGUGGUCAAGGUUCAAGAGAUCCAGGCCAAGAUGAAGGAGCUGUAUGCAGCCUGUAACCCCGUGGUGUCCAAACCCAAGCCCAAGGUGGAGCCUCCUAAGGAGGAGAAGACGGAGAACGGGCCGGUCAAUGGACAGGAGGGAACAGAGAACCAGCAGUCCAACCCAGACAAAGCCACACCUGCAGGCAAGGAGCAGGGGACAGCAGAGAACAAGCUCCCUGAGAUGGACAUCGACUAACUGUUACAGCUGUCGUCCUCUGAGUUUCACCUCCGUCUGUCCUGCUACACGCCCCCGAUUCUGUCGUUCUCCUGAGAGCGACGGCACAGUCGCCUCUCUCUCCAAGACAAACAGCAGCAUCCCUAAUCAAUACUGUUCAUCAGUCGGCCUCUCUGCCAUGUCAUUUCUCAUUCUCUCUGAUGAAUACAAAAAUAUUGCAUCAUAUUAAUAGUGAAUGGACUACUUUACUACCUUAAAGCUGUGGGAUGGAACCUGCUUUCUCCGUGUUGCUUUGAUGGCCAUUAUGUUUAAAGAUUGUUUUGUUCAGGAUGAAUGUCAGGUUUGAAGAAUUGUAAGCCAAGUGGACGUGCAGAAGAAAAACUAGUAUACAUCCAUGAAAUGUAAAGAAUAAUGCAGUAUGUCUAAAUAAGAUCGUAGGAACAGCAGCACAUGUAACAAACAUGGAUUGUUCCAAAUAGUGCAUUUUGUUUUUCCACUACAGAUAAUUGUAACUGUUGAAUUAUAAUAUGUAAAGUUUUAAAGGUGAGAAGGAGUUUUUGUUGAGUUUACCUGUACUGUAUGUUGAAACUAGAUCCUAAGUUACUGUCAUGCAGGAUUUCCUUGGCUUCACCGGCUCUUCUCAUACUACAGCGAUGGUCUGUCGUUCUCUGGUAGCCUUGUAUUGUUUUUUUCUACUUAAACAGUGAAUGUUGGUCCGACUCAUCACCUCCUGGUGCUGCUGUUGAUUCCACAUCACCAAAAAAAAAAAAAAAAAAGGCAGAAAAUAAAUCUUGACAAACAAAAAAAA